AUGGCAGAUGUCGGGCGCCCCGACUCGCCCAACUCCUUGCAGCAGCGAGCUCAGCUCGGCAGCCCGGACUCGGUGAAGGUCGAGUUCGAUCGGGCUGCCUCUCCCCGCUUGCACCGACGCCGGCCUUUCUCAAGAGGCGGGCGGCGGCCCGCUCGCGCUCCGGAGCCAUGGGAGGAGAUGCUGGACUUGGUGCCGGCCCCGCCUCCCCCUCCAGUCACAGGCGGCGUGCGAACCUUCGACCAGCUGCCUUCCGGUGAGAUUCAGUCCAAAGGGAACAAGGAGCCUGUGCUGCGGGCCGACUGGACUAUUCGACGCUUGAAGGUGGACAUGAAGACGGUGCAGGUGAAGUACAGGAGCUUGCUUGUGCCGGCGGGGCAGUAUAUAUCUUCUGCACAUUUCCGGCUCGGUCGGCAAACGGCAGCUUUGAGGUUUUGGCCUAAUGGUCUCUUCGGGAAUGCGACGAAGAAAGCACGAGUUCGCAUGGACCUGGGUGGACUGAACGCUGACUCAUGGUGCGCCAUUGGGCUAGCGAUGCCGGAGGGCACCAAGCUGCGAUUUCGACUUCACGUGGGUCAGGACUUGCCAAUGGCAACCGACUGGAUCGAUGGUGCAUCAGAUUUGGACACCUCCACAACAGGAGACCUCGGCGAAUGUGCUGCCUCCCUGCGGACUGUGUCGAUUCCCACCGCAUCCCACACAAAUACGCAUCCACAGACAGUGCUUGUGACAAGCAAUGCCGAAACGAUCUGUCCCGAUGCAAAAAGAUCCGAGCGACAGGCAGAAGACCCUGCAGAAGGCCAAGGCCAGCACGGGCGAUGCGAACCGACCGUGGACUUGCAUUGCCAUCGCCCAGAUUCGGAUUCGGCCUGGAGCUACUUCGCAGCUCUCCUCGAUGCCGGAUGGCUCCUGCAUGAUAGCUCUUUCUCGCAGAUUGUCAUAGAGUCGUCAGUCCAACGUGCUCCCGGCAACAUCCACAAAUGUGUGCCAGGGUGCAAGAGGGAUCAGCACUGGGGUGACCGAAAUGCCAGCCCAGUCACCAAAAAAUCGGAGUGCCAAGUGAUUUCUGCAGAAUUCGACGAGGUGCUCAGCCACCUGA